AGUUUCCAGUUUCAUAUCCAUGAAGAAGAAAGUAACUGUUUUUGUAAACAUUAAGUCAGAAAAGGAAAAAGAGGAUCUUUCAUGCACUGACAUAAAUUAAAGAGAAAUGGCAGGUGUGAUGGGAAUGGCAUUUAUUCCUUAUUACAAUCAACUGAUGACAAUCCUGGAGACAAAUGAUGAACUAAAGAAAAGUGCUAGAGGUAUCUUCAAGCAAAUGGCUUGGGCAGCUGGAGGGACAGCUGUGGGUGGAGUCCUUCUAGGCCCCCCUGGCGCCAUGGUUGGGGGAGUGGCAGGAUCCAUGAUUGGUUAUAUUUGUUCUGAUGAGUACACUGCUAUGAUUAAAGUGUUAAAAAAUUUAAAUGAUGAGGAGAAACAGAAGGUUGUGAAGGCUGUACAGGAAUUAGUUGGGACCUCCUCCAUAGAAGCCCUCACUAGAUUCAUCUCACAACAAGUACAAAGAGACAUGCUUUUAAAACUGCUCAGAGAUUUUGUAGGUGACAUUCAAAAAGGAGGAUAACAUUUUAUCCACUUUAUGCAAAUAUCAUGCAAGAGUCAUGGUUGAAUGAAUUUCAGAGCAGUUAUUUUUGCUGAAUACCUGUUAACAUUUCUGUGAAUCAGACAUUAAAUGAAAUAAUAUCUACAACUUUUGUAUGAUUCUGAAUUUAAUUGUAGUUCUAUAUGAUUCUUUCAUUACAGAAUUUGAGUUAAUCCCUCAAAGGAUAUGUAAUAACAACAUGGAUAUUCUUUUAUUAAACUGACUUGUUUAAG